AUGGCAUCCUCAUCAUCCAAUGUCGUCGGUGUUCAUUAUCGAGUGGGAAAGAAGAUUGGCGAAGGAUCGUUCGGUGUGAUCUUCGAGGGAACGAACCUGUUGAACAAUCAGCAGGUGGCGAUCAAAUUCGAACCACGCAAGAGUGAUGCACCACAACUCCGCGAUGAGUAUCGGACAUACAAGAUUCUGGUCGGAUGCCCUGGCAUUCCCAAUGUCUACUACUUCGGGCAAGAGGGUCUGCAUAAUAUCCUGGUCAUCGACUUGCUCGGCCCCAGUCUUGAAGACCUCUUCGAUCACUGCAACCGACGAUUCUCGAUCAAGACAGUUGUUAUGGUCGCUAAGCAGAUGCUUUCCCGAGUCCAAACGAUCCACGAGAAGAACCUGAUAUAUCGUGACAUCAAGCCCGAUAACUUCCUUAUUGGUCGCCCGAACACCAAGGCUGCUAAUGUUAUCCACGUUGUUGAUUUCGGCAUGGCCAAGCAGUACAGAGAUCCCAAGACCAAGCAGCAUAUCCCUUAUCGCGAGCGGAAGUCGCUGUCCGGCACAGCCCGCUACAUGAGUAUCAACACCCAUCUGGGACGAGAACAAUCGCGACGUGAUGACCUCGAGGCUCUGGGACACGUCUUCCUGUACUUCCUGAGAGGUGGCCUUCCCUGGCAGGGUCUCAAGGCCGCGACCAACAAGCAGAAGUAUGAAAAGAUUGGAGAGAAGAAGCAGACUACCGCGAUCAAGGACUUGUGCGAUGGAUUCCCAGAAGAAUUCACGAAGUACCUAACUUACGUUCGCAAUCUCGGUUUUGAGGACACCCCCGACUACGACUAUCUCCGGGACCUCUUGACACAGGCUCUCAAGAACGCUGGCGACGUCGAGGAUGGAGAGUAUGACUGGAUGAAGCUCAACAACGGAAGAGGAUGGGAGUACAAGUCGUACUCGUCUCAGCAGCAUCUCCACAAUAACGCCCUUCCCAACACAUCUGCCCGGGAACUUCACGCACAGCAGCUUCGCGGCAGUCGGCCGGGCGUGACCGCCGACCGUUUAAACGCCGCGCAGCCCCCGCCUCCAUCUCCGGCCAAGCCCGGGGCUGGGAAGACGCGCGACCGGCCAAGCGUCUCCGGCGGGAUGCCGCCAAAGCGUCAGAGCGGGGGCCUGGAUGCCACGCCGACAGCGUCGACUCAAGCACAGUUUCAGAACUCGAACGCCAACAUCCCAGGUCAUCUGGGAAGCCCUACGAACCCGACGAAGAACAGCCAACAAGGCCAAGGUGCUCCGGGCAACAAUGAGCCGCAGCCCACAUUCGUCCAGAAAUUGAUGAAAGCGCUUUGCUGCGGUAGGUGA